AUGCGUGACAAACUGGACAUGUCUGAAGUGAAAAGAUUUGACAGAUCAAAACUGAAGAAAACCAUUACUGAAGGAAAAAAUACACUCCCAUCGAAGGAAACUAUUCAGCAGGAGAAAGAUGAUAUUAAAAGAUCAUAA